GGUUGGUGUUAAAUUGGAUGAAUAUUGUAUAGAUUAUAUAGAUUUGGAGGAGGCGUUCCAUCCAAAAGGGAAUAAAGGACUCUCGGGUUUGGGUUAAGAAACUUUAGAAAAGAAAAGGGAAGAGAAGAACCGUCUGUUGAGAGAGAGAGAGAGAGAGAGAUGGCUUCUUGUGGAUCUGCAUCCGGCACGAAUGUGAAAUCGCAGUUAGAGGAAUCGGAGAGCAUGAAAGUGAAAGUAAAAUUGCAAUACCCGAAAUUGAAAUUGGAUUUGGCAAAGCAGCAGCGUGAGCAUAAUAUCUUGGAGAUACUUUCUCAAGUCGAAAAAUUGAAGAAUGAAAUAGAAACGGCAACGGAAACGGAAACGGAAACGGAAACGGAAACGGGUAAGCGAGGGUUAAGGAUAAAAAGGAUGCUUAGACAAGUGAAGAAAUUGUGCAAGGAGGAAUCGAUCAAAUAUGAAUAUUUUAAGCCCAAGCUUACCGAAUUAAGGAUCACUGACAAGGCUGCUCGCCUGUAUAUGUUGGGCAGGCCUAUGGCUAAGCUCAUCUACGAUCGAGAUUUCACCGGCUUUAAUGAUCCCUCAGCCGUCCAAGAUUUCAUAGUUUAUGUUCAAAUUGCAAUCAAUGCCUUCAACAAAAGACACUCGACCGAAUACAAGUUGGUGGAAGUUGUCAAAGCAUUCAGAAGUCUACCCAUCCAUUUCACGCACUCAUUGUACUUCACGUUUACCGCCAAGCUUGAUGAUGAUGAUGCCGCUCCCAAAACUUUUAAAGCAGAGCUCGUAUUUCAAUCCGAUGAAAUUCGCAUAUUUUCUGUUCAUAUUGUCUAGGCAUGCGCAAUUUUACAUCCUCCUAUAGGUAAUUAAUUUUCAAUUCUAGAUUUCCUGUAUUUUUUUGUUUUCUUAACCAGCUAUAUGUUUAAUAAUGUUAUUUACGCAUGGGUAUAUAUUUUCAAUCCCUCGUAUCGAUUUGUGUUGUUCGCACUGUUAGUUUCAUUAGACGAGUUAAAUGACAUAUUUGUUUGUUUUCAACUAAAUAUUACCAAAAAGCAAGUGUGACCACCUUGUUAUGGUCUCAUUAUUUGCUGGUAGGCUUUAUGACACUCUAUUUGAAUAGGUUGUACUCUGCUUAUUUUUCUAGCAUGAAACAUGUGAGAGAUGCAUGUUCUCAAUUGUUCUCCAACAGCUUUCUACUGUAUGCUUUUCAUUGGAUUUUUUCGCAUUUGCAGGUAAUUCCAAGGUCAGGGAAGCUACUAUAUAUGCCUAUGGAAUUCGAUGUCGUCUUUUUCUUUAUGUUUAUUUUGUGCAUUUAGAAUCUCUUUUUACUCGUGAAAUAUCUCAUGGAUUAUGUGCACCUAA